AUGGCGGCGCAGAAUCCGGAGCCUGCGGCCUGGAAACCAUCAGCCUCGUCCUCGCACAGCGAUGCCGCCACGAAUCUCUCCCUCCUGGCCGAGGGCCAGCCCGCCGCUCUUUUGAUCCAAGCUCAUGUAGCCCAAGCUACGGGCUCGCUCCCUGCCGUCGAUAUAUCUGGCCUUUCCUUUCCCGAGAGCCUCCUUGUCGGUCGGGCUGCUCUUGAUAUCUUUCUCCAAGCCAAUGUUACCGGGCCUGUGGUGCCUGCAGACAAGCUUUCAUUGAUCCAGUCGAGAUUUGGCAAGGCCUGGACUGCGGCGUCAUCUGCUGCUACAGGCCGAUCCGCCGCUCCGACGCAGUUGCAUAAAACCUGUUUGGCUCAUCUUGAGGUUGAUGGCGUGUCUCCCUACAGCCAUGUUCCUCAUCUCGAGCUCUUCACCUUGGCUAGAUACGUUUUCAGCUCGGUCCUGGCUAGCGAGUCCGUCAUCACGGUGUAUCCUCCUCCCCAAGAUGUGGAAAGCAGCCCUGUCACCUAUAGUCUGCCGUGGAUGAGACUUCGCAUCAACAUCUGGCAUUACAAGCUGCUUACCCAGCCAAGUCUCGGCCCGGGGUCAACCUUGACCAAGAGCUCGAAAUGGAGCGAGGUUCCUACCUUGGCUUCCAGAAUAUUGUCUGACAUGGACACUGUCCGUGUUCAAAUCGCCGGCAAUGAAGUGUCGUCUCAGACCGAAUCAUGGCAUCCCCGAGACAAGGCCUUUUUUUUCGUUGAAGCUGCCAACAACUAUAUUCUUCUUGGACGCCAUGAAAAGGCCAUGGCGGCUCUCAAAGAGGCCACACGGACUACGGGGCUCAAGUACGCCUUGUCCGGUGCGCUUGGCAAGCGAACUAAAUUCCAGGAGAAAGGUGUCAGUCAGCUGGUUGUUUUUGCCCGUAGCAGCGCUGACCAGCAUCUAACUGACGACGAUGGAUGUGUUGAUGAGGACGAGGCAAAGCCGGAUGCGCUGAAGCUCAACGACGACACCCUUUUGGAGGAAAUACAAUUUUCAGCCCCUGAUGGCAAGAAUGAAACCGCAGACGAGGCAUUACCACCCUCCUUGAUGGACAUGUCUCCGGAUAACCAACCUCAGCUUGCCUCCCUUGAUCAAAUCAUACUUCUCACAGAGGCAACUCUGAAAGAUGCCUUUUCGCCCGUCGAUGCUCUGACGUCACAAGAGAUCCUCCCCUAUGCUGUUCGAGUUCUGGCCGACAAAUCUACCAACUGGCAGAUCUAUACACAGGCGCUUCUCGUACGGUCACGGAUUGAAGUCCACCGCAGCAGGACAGUAGAGCGCGGUGUGCUGCAGCUACAGGCUGUGGCAGAUCAGCUUCUCACAGACAUGAAUGCCGACACCGAGCCGACCAAAAAGUCUGACGAUGCAGAAACUGAGAGCGAGGUGCCGGCGAUUCAAAUCACUGCUCCCGGCCACGAAAGUGCCAUUCCGCCACCCAUAACCCAGGUCCCUACGUCCUUCUUACCGGCCCCUAAAGCAACUGAAUCAGCUCCCGCCCAUGUUCGCCUCCGAUACAUCGAUGCCCUCUCCACACCACUCCGAUGGCACCUCGAGUCGGAGCUAGCAUACGCGUGGGCCGGAGUUGGUUCUCUCACUUCCGCCCUCGAAAUAUUCAAGCGCUUGCGUCUUUGGGCAGAAGUUGCCUUGUGUCAUGCCAGCGCCGCCGCCUCCGAGGACGAGGAUGGCCGCGGUGCCGGCGGCGAAGAAAAGGCCAAGUCCAUUGUCCGCUGGAGACUGUUCCAUCCCACAGGCCAAGACGCUUCUGCAACAUCUGAUCCAGAUGACCAAGACGUUGAAGACGUCAUCCGUCUCAAACCGACCAGCUUUGAAGGCCCCGAACGGAGCCCUUCGCCACCCAAUGCCCCCAGGCUUUGGUGCAUACUAGGAGAUCUGGACAACAACCCAAAGCACUACGAGCAGGCGUGGACAAUCUCGAAACAGCGAUAUGCCAGGGCCCAAAAGUCUCUCGGAGAGUACUACCUCGCACAGAAAGACAUGACAAAGGCGCGGGAGGCCUACAGGCUAGCCACCUCGGUCAACCGACUCAGCCCCGACCUCUGGGGUCGGCUCGGCGAUAUCAACCUCCGUCUGGGACAGUUUGACGACGCCGCGGAGGCAUACAGCCGCUCCAUCGGAAGUGCCAACGAUGUAGCAGGCGGCGAAGACGCGAGAACGUGGAGCAACCUGGGCAGUGCCCUGUGGAGUCUGUCCUGCGAGGUGACCGCCGCUGCCAACAAGAAGGAAACCCGGGCCCGAAGCAGUCAAGCCAGAACCGUCACCCGCGCCGAUGACGAAGAGGGCGGUCUCCUCGAGGACCCACGAGACAAGUCGCGCGACCCAGCCGCGUUGCUGUCGAAAUCCCUGGCCGCCUACAAGAAGGGCGCGUCCAUAGCCCACGACAACUGGCGCAUCUGGGACAAUGUCCUCACGCUGGCUGCUCGAAUCCAGCCUCCCCGCGUCCCAGACAUGGUCCUCGCCUUGACGCACAUGCUGCGCGUCCGCAAGACCGAGGACGCCAUCGACGCGGACGUCCUCGCCGCCCUCCUCCAGGACGCAGUCAUCUCCAGGGAAAAGCCUGCCGGAACAGGCAUCUACGAGCCGCCAAGAGGGUCCAUGGAGCGCCUAGUCACGCGCCUCCUGGAAGAAGAGGUUGUGCCGCUCAUCACACAGCGCGCCGAGCUGUGGUCCCUUGUUUCCCGUCUUCGCACCUGGCGAAGGGACUACGCCGGCGCCAUUGAUGCCUCUGAGCGGGCGUGGAGAGCAGCCGUGGGAUCGUCUGGCAGCGGCCUCCUGCCAGGUGAGGUGGCCGCGGGCCCGGCAGACUGGACAAUAGAUCUCAAGGGAUGGACAGAGGUGGUCAAGCGAACGGAUGAGCUUGUCUCCAUUUUGGAGAGCUGGGGCCACCAUGUCGAAGCAGUCGGCGGCAAGUGGAGAGCAACAGCUCGCAGCGCGAUUCGCAGCGUCAUGAGCCGCGGGAAAGAGAAUUGGCAGGGAUCAGAAGGCUGGAACACGCUGGAAGGCCUGAUGGAAGGUUUGAAGGUGUCCAAGUAA